AUGUCAGCGGUUGGCGUCACAAAGAGCUACCGAUCAGCCGCUAGUGCCAAGCAGCUCGUUCAAUCCACGGCCUGGGCGAUAAGAAUUCUCACAAUCUUCAGCAUUGUGUUUGCCAUUGUAGAUCUAACUACAUUGGAAGAUGUCUUCUUCGGAGUUUGCAUGUGUAUUACAGCAUCUUUGAGCCUGUUUAGCACACUUAACUUCAACUGUUGUUGCUAUUCCGAUUGUUCCCGAAGCUCGAUUUGUGAAAAGCGAUGCGGACUUGGAUGUGUGUAUGUAUGGACAGUUUUUACCAACAUGGGAUAUAUCAGCAUGUUUGCCUACAGCAUAUAUGUCUGGGGAACAUAUGGCCAAGACAGAAGAAUCCAUAAGGACUAUGAACCAAAGAUGCUGACCACACUCUUUGCGUUCACUCUGAUGAUAAACUUUACCCUGUCAAUUAUGAAUCUUUAUUCGAUGUGCAUUGUCUACAGGUACGGUUGUUGCUAUAUGAAUGGAAUUGAUAAAGAACUCCAACAUCAAUCGCUUGAAACGGCAGUUGUGAUAAACCAACAACUAACCACGAUCGGAGGACCAUUGCCAGAAAAUGUUUCGCGACCCACAGCCCCACCCACGGGUCAUCAAUUCGGCCCUGGACCAUCAUUCCCGCAGAACCACCCUUACCUUGCAUAUCCUUAUACAAUGCCUGUCCAACAACACCAGAACGCAGGUGUGACCACAUGGCAAUAAUCGUUACACAACAUAUGAUGUGAACAGUCUACAAUGACAGAUUGAUGGACUUUUUAACUAUUAUAAUAAAGACUAACAAAACACUAUUCCGAUAAAACAUACAUAUUUGUGUUUUUUUUUAUGAGAAAGUUGACGACCUGUGUUUCCUAAUAGGUCUCCAUUUAUCAUAGACAACAGACAUUUCAUUCUGAUAUAACUGUGA